AUGAAGAUAAUUUCCGAGAGGGAUUUUCCACAAGAUGAUCACUAUGACGACUUUGAUGAUACCCCUGAAGAAAAUACUGAGGAGACUUGUGCACAUCUAUGUGUUAUUAGAGGAAAGUGUGUGAGCUGUGAGAGGGUAGCAUUGAAGUACGUUCAUCAGGGUAUGUGGUUGUGGCUUAACAAAGAUGAAAUGGAUCGGAUUCGGAAGGUAGAGUCAGCGAAAUUGUUAGAAGAUAAGAAGAUGGUUUUGGUUCUUGGUCUAGAUCAAACACUGGUUCAUUCAACAGAACAAGAAAAAUAUCUGAGAACCCCUCAAGAACUCUUGCAACAUAACUUAAGGGAUAGCCUAUUCCGUGUGAGUCGACCUUGGGGAAUGAUGAUGGUCAAGUUGAGACCUUUUGUUCACACUUUUCUGAGAGCAGCAAGUACCAUGUUUGAGAUUUAUAUGUGCACAAUGUGUACACGAAGUUAUGCGUUGCAAGUGGCUGAAUUUCUUGACCCUGAAAAUGUUUACUUCAAGUCAUCAAGAAUCAUUGCCCGUGAAGAUUUACCGGAAACAGGCGAAAAGACUCUUGAUCUUGUGCUAGGAGAGGAAGGAAUGGUUCUUAUGCUUGAUGAUACCAAGAGGGUGUGGAGUAAUCAUCCAUUCAACUUGAUUCAUAUCAAGAGGUAUCGUUAUUUUGAUUCAGAUCCUGAAAGCUGGAGUGCUGAUGAAGUUGACUACGCUGGCCCGCUCAUCACCCUUCUCCAAAGACUUAAAAGUAAUCCACAGACUGUUUUUCAACCCAAAAUUUGA